ACGGCGUAUUGUCACGACGAAGGGGCUUUUCGUUUCACGUAAAACAACCAUUCAUUUAUUUUUUGUUGAGUUCAUAUUUUACACGAGAUUCCGAUUCAAAUGGUGUUGCUCGUGGUUUAAAACAAGAAAGGACUGUUAUAGAAGCUAUUGAGAAAAUAAAGAUAGGAUCGUUUCUGGCCCUGUUUGGAUUUGUCUUUUACCUUCCAUCACCACAGGAAGGCGCAGUUGUGUCUAAUUUCGUGGGGAAACAUCAACACCUCUGGCCUCCAUUGAUUUCACAGUCCCCGUCUGUCUCUGGACCCCGCAGUGUUCUCCUAAGGUCGGUUAGUGUACAGUUGGUUUAGCCUGCGUUCGCGUUUCAUUCUAACAUGUCCGCCAGAGUCCAAAUCUGACUGCUUUUUCUCCACAUUUCCCUCCUUCUUGGGGGUUUGAAGGAAUUAUCCACCACCCCCCCCCUCAUCCACCACCACCACCAUUGGAUUUGUUUGGAAUAAACAUAGCUAUUUCUUAAGGAAUACACCAUUCAUGUCAAUGCUUCAACAUGCAGCCCCCGCCGAGAAAGGUAAAAGUGACUCAGGAGCUGAAGAAUUCUCACUUAGAGCAGAUGACCAGACUGCACCUCAAACAUCAAACAGAAUGUGACCUGCUGGAGGACAUGAGGACAUACAGUUUGAAGAAGGGCCAGUUGGAGAGGGACUAUGCCCAGGCUCUGCAGAAGCUGGCCAGUCAGUACCUGAAGAGGGAUUGGCCAGGCAUCAAACCUGACGACCAACGCACAGACUACAGGAAUGUGUAUGCUGUGUGGCGGUCCUAUCUGGAGGGGACAGUACAGGUGACUCAGUCUCGCGUCAACGUGUGUGACAACUACAAGAAUGAGAUUUCAGACCCUGCUAAAACUGUACGGCUAUACAAGGAACAGCAGCUCAAAAAGAGUAUAGAACAGUUGAAUCGUAUCCAGGUGGAGCUUCAGGACUCUGUGAAGGACCUGGCCAAAGCCAAGAAGAAAUACUACGACUCAGAACAGGUGGCUCAGGCCGUUCGAGAGAAGGCUGACAUCGAGGCCAAGUCGAAGCUGGGUUUGUUUCAGUCCAGGAUUAGUUUACAGAAAGCCAAUGUUAAGUUGAAAGCCAAGAGAAGUGACUGUAACUCUAAAGCAACCCAUGCCAGGAAUGACUACCUGUUAACCCUGGCAGCAGCCAACGCUCAUCAUGACCGCUACUACCACACAGACCUGCUGCACUGUAUACAGGAGUUGGAUGGAGGGAUAUAUAACCAUGUGAAGGACUAUCUGAUCUCUAUCUGUCAGACAGAGCUGGAGGCCUUUCAGGCCAUACACAACACCUUCCAGUUCCUACUGGACAAAUCCAACAGGGUGGUGCAGGAGUUUAACCAGCAGCUUUUCAUGCAGGAGAACCCUGUGUUUCAUAAAGCACAAGACUUCCAGUUCCAACCCAGUGACUGUGACACGACUCUGAGCUCGGUGCAGAAGUUGGUGGACAUUGAGCCUUCGCCCGUCAGUGCCAUGAGGAUGACGCUGGCACAGAGUCGUAAGUUGGAGACAGACACGGGGAGCCAGACAGAGGAGCACAGUCUGAACAAGGAGGCCAGGAAAUGGGCCACCAGAAUGGCCCGAGAACACAAGAACAUCGUCCACUACAAGAGAAGCCUGGAGGAGUGUGAGACACUGGGAGUCCCUCAAACGGAGCAGGGCCGACUUGAUCUGGAGCUGAAGAUAGAGGAUACCAAAGAGAGCAUCCGCAAGGCUGAGACAGUAAAGCUGAAGGCAGAGGCUCGUCUGGACCUGCUGAGACAGGUGGGCGUUGCCGUGGAUACCUGGCUGAAGAGCGCCAUGAACCAGGUGAUGGAGGAGCUGGAAAAUGAGCGCUGGGCUACAGUAAACUACACUACCCACGAUCCCUCACUCUCGGGCCCGGUUGAUCUGGAGCGGUCGGAGGGAGAGGAGUGUGAGGAGAACAUGGAGGUGUUUGAUGACAGCAGCUCCAGCCCCUCUGGGACUCUCAGGAACUACCCACUCACCUGCAAAGUCCUCUACUCAUACAAGGCGUCUCAGCCAGACGAGUUGAGUAUAGAGGAGCAUGAGAUGUUGGAGGUGAUAGAGGAUGGAGACAUGGAGGACUGGGUCAAGGCGAGGAACAAGAGGGGGCUGAUUGGCUACGUCCCAGAGAAGUAUCUUCAGUUCCCCACCUCUAACAGCCUACUGAGCAUGCUCCAGUCUCUCUCUGCCCUGGACGCACGAUCACACACCUCCUCCAACUCCACCGAGCCAGAGAUACACACAGGCAGCAUCAACGGAGACGCCAGCUUGAGUUUUGUGAGGGCGUUGUAUGACUACGCGGGCCAGGCGGAUGAGGAGCUGUCCUUCCCAGAGGGGGCUGUCAUCCGUCUACUCAACAGAGACACCCAAACUGACGAUGGCUUCUGGGAGGGAGAGUUUAACGGACGAGUGGGAGUGUUCCCUUCUGUACUGGUGGAGGACCUGACGGAGAGCGGAGAGAAUGGAGCACACACACUUAUCUCUCCAUCUUCGAGGCUGCCCUCCUCCCUGCCACCCCUCCCUCUGUAUGAUCAGCCCCCGUGCAGCCCCUAUGCCACCCCAGACACCCCCACCCCUCCGCCCCUCCCUCGCUCACCCUCUGUCAACGGGGAACACAAGCCACCUCCCACAACGUACAAGGAACCCACUCACAAUCAUAGUUCUGCUCUGAGUCCAGUGUCUCCAGAGUUCACUCCCGACGGAGGCCCUAGCAAACUACGACCUGUCCGUGCAGCCCCCCGCCCCCAAGCAGAAACCUCGCAAAAAAGCAGAGAAGACUGAGGAGGUGGAGAUCACACUGGUGUGACAGACAGACAUACAAACGGACAGCACAGCGCUGCCCUGCAGACCUGAGUGACUGAACUUUGAACUGGGCUUUACCUCUAACCUUUGAACCAUAGAACUCCCCCUUCUCUCCCAACACUGGGACGAACUCCCCCUUCUCUCCCCCUACCUCCCAACACUGGGAAGAACUCCCCCUUCUCUCCCCCUACCUCCCAA